AUGAAGAACUCCACCGGAGAAUGGAUUGAGAGUGCCGGAACCAUCCCUAAGGAGGUCAACGAGGUCUAUGUGCAGAUCAGACACUCCAAAAGAGGCGAGUUCCAGAACCUAUGGGAGGACUCCAAGAGCACCCACAUCUCUCGGAAGGACAGGCAGAUGCUCAUGGCCAUGAUGAAGAAGAUGGGCCCAAAAGGAAGGGCCCUCUCAGAAGUGUUUUGCCCACCUCGGGUCACCAAGAUCCUGAAGGAGAAGGGAUACCAAGUGGGCACAAGCUUUGACCUCGUGACCGGCUGGGAUUUAAGCAGGCCAGAAGACCGGAAGGCUAUGUGGAAAGCUUUGCGAGCAGAGCAGCCAGAGGUAAUACUGGCUUGUCCACCAUGCAGGGCGUACAGCAAGAUGCAGGCCGUGAACUGGAGCCGGAUGGAUCCCAAGAAGAGGGUGCACCUACUUCAAACGGGACAAGAACAUCUACACCUGGCAAUCGCGGUGCUGCGGUGGCAGCUGAGAAGAGGAGGUGCCAUACUGUUCGAACACCCUGACGGGGCCACUUCCUGGCAAGAUCCAGAACUGCAGUCCCUCGCGAACAGCAGCGGGGUCAAGGUGGUCAUCUGCGACCAGUGCAUGUUCGGAUUGAACGUGGACGGCACGGGCCCGAACAGAAAGAGAACUCGGUGGCUCUCCAACAUGUCGCCUGUCUUGGAGCUCCUGGACGUUAAGUGCGACAAGAGCCACUUCCAUGUCCCGCUGGAGAAUGGAAGGCCGAAGCUGGCGCAGGUGUACCCGGACAAGCUGUGCCAGGCGAUCUCGAACGGCAUCGUCGAGUACUUGAACGGCAUUUCCAACUAUGCCAUGGAAGAAGAGGAGGAAGACGAAGACAUGGCUCCAGAUGAGCCUGAGCCGGUACAAGAUGAAGGGCCUGGAGACUACACGCCCACGGAGGAGGAGAAGAAGGCCGUGAUGCGGGAGCUGUUGGAGAAGGUUAGAAGCGAAGUUGUGAUUCAGAGCACGAGAGACCUCAAACAAAUCAUGGUGGAGGUCGAGCAGGCCAAGAACCGAUACUCAAACCGAUCUGGCUUCGCACCGGUUCAACGGCAGAUCGGACAAUGGCCCAGGCUUCCAACAUCCAUUAUGUCCGACGAGGCAGUGGACCCUACGUUGUUGAACGGGGUAAUUACCGACGAUCUCGAGAAGCUGCACCACAUGCGGACCAUCGCACACAAGGCCUUCUGCGAGCACAAUGCCAAGAGCACGUUCCGGCGAGCCCUACGAGCUCGUCCACGCGUGUGGGUGGACUACAAGGCCGGCGAGUACGUGUUUGUGUUCCGGGUGCCCCGAAUGAAGAAGAGGAAGCAUGGAGGCCCAGCAGACGAUGCAGCCAUCUCCACGAAGGCAAGAUGGGUCGGCCCGGGAGUAGUCAUAGCUCCCGAUGGCGCAAACCUGUGGGUCUCGAUGAUGGGAGAACUAUGGAAGGUAGCUCGAGAACAGUGUCGGCCGGCCACCAACGACGAGAAAACGGGCAUUGAGGCUGUCGUGCAAGAGUGCCAAGAGUUGAUUGAGGAGUUCAAGAGAGGAUCCCAUCGGCUGGGGUACAAGGACAUUACCCAGGAGGAUUUUCCUCCGGAGCAAGAAGAAGAAGAAUCCCCUCGAGAUCAACACGCCCGACAUCCUCGAUUCGAAGAUGCCGCUGAAGAGGUGGAAUACACCCCAACGCAGGUUGGAGAGGAAGUGAAUGAAGAGCCGGAAGACACCCUGCAACCAAAGAGAAGAAGAUCCAUCAACGAGCCAGAACAGGAAGAAGCCCCCAUCUCACGGGCGAGCAGUGAGGCAAGCAAGACAGAGGCCAAACAUCAUCCGGGAUUCCCGGAGGGGGUGCCAGAAACACCGCCAGUGAACCUCCAUCGACCUCCAAUAGAUCCACAGUCCGCACAAGUACAAGAGGCCCUGAGGCAAUCAGAGCUGAACGCCAACCGGCUUGAUGGAGUACCAGGUCCAAUCUCCGGACCUAUUUACCGAUGGCAGCAAAGGGCCGGCCAUGAUCACCUCGCACCAUACUUCGGAACAAAAGAAUGGUUUCUCGCCGAGGAACAGGAGGCUCACGAAGAGGUGGACAAGGCUCGGCAAACAAAGCUACACCAACUGGCUCGAGGCAAAGCAGAGAAAGACGAAUGGACGCUCGACUGGCAAGCGGGAACGAUGACCAGGCAUCAUCGGAGGAAGAGGAAGGCCAAGUUUGACCCGAAGCUCAACUCCGACGCGCCUGUGCCCUGGACUUUACUAUCCGAGCGUCGGGACACGCAUGUGAAAAGAGCGGCUAGCGCGGACAUGGAACAAGAUGAUUGGCAACGGCCGCAGAAAAGGAGCCAAGACGAUUGGUGGAAGGGCAAGACGGUGUUCUACAUCCGGGACAUCACGGAGGCGAAGAACUACGUGGCGGAGAAGAAGGGACAGAUGAGGUGCACCUAG